UUUUUUCAAAAAAAUUUAGAUAAUAAUAAAGAAUUAUUUAAUAACUCACAGUACGUAUUUCUAAAACAACACAAGGAGAAACGUUUCCAAUUGGUUAACAACGAUGAAAGCUGAACCAAUCAAAUUCUUACUUAACCUAUGGCUAUUGUUUCUUUUUUUUGCGUUGCUACAUGGUGGCUAUAUCGUUGAAGCUUCUACCAACAGUAUACCAAAAUUUAGAAGUGGGUUCGACGAUGCAAAGAUAGAUGAAAACAUGCCUAUAGGUACACAUGUAAAGACAAUAACGGCGAGAGAUAAAGAAGGUGAUGCGAUAAAAUAUUCCCUUAUUGGUGAUACUAAUGGUUAUUUUGCUAUCGAUGCUGUUACAGGCGAGUUAACAACAGCAAGAAUAAUUGACAGAGAAAAGUUGGACAAUAAUUAUGCAAUCGAGUUCAAAAUUGCUGCAACAGAAGUGAAACGGAAGGAAGCGCAGGCUACACAAGAUUUCAUUGUGUACAUCAGUGAUGUGAACGAGUAUCCACCAAUAUUCAAGAAAAACGUAUCUAUAGUCCAAAUUUCAGAGAGCUUGGCGGGAGACAAAUUUGUGACUUCAGUUGAAGCUAAUGACAUUGAUGCAACACCCGACCCAGAGAUUUUGUAUUCAAUUGUAUCUGGAAACAAGGACAACUCUUUUCGAAUAGAGAAUAUAAAUGGGAUGGGACUAAUACGAGUGGAAGGGAAACUGGAUUAUGAAAAAACACCAAACUUUAAAUUGGUUAUUGAAGCAGCUGAUGGGCGGAAAAACGAUAAGCACAAACUGUCCUCGUUAGGUUAUGUGAUCAUUCAAUUAAUAGACGAGGAUGACAAUGGAGCUGCCUUUCAAAGCAACUACACUGCCACCAUAACAGAAGGCAAGAAAAAGGGUGUGCUUAUAACGCAAGUCAAAGCAGAAGAUCAGGAUCGGGAAAUUAAUGCGGACGUAGAAUACUCAAUCGAAUCGAGUUCGAAUUUUGGAGGCCUUUUUUCCAUCGACAGUCAAAAUGGCAAGGUGUAUGUAAAUGGCGACAUUGAUCGUGAAACAAAAGAAGUGUACCAUCUAGUGUUAUUGGCCAACGAAAUUAAGAAAGGACGUUCAUCCCCAGACCAUCCACCAGGAAGGACCACGUUAACUGUCACUGUUGAAGACGUGAAUGACAAUUCGCCGGAAUUUACCGAAUCCACUUUCAGUGGUAAAGUGAUAGAACACGAAAAUAUUGGCGAAAAAAUACUAACUGCAAAAGCCAUAGAUAUAGACAAGGGUUCAAACGCCAUGUUCGAAUAUCUACUAGAAGGCGAUGAAAGCAAAAUGUUUGGGAUCAAUCAGAGUGGAGAGAUUUUCGUAAAGGAAGAUUUAGAUCGAGAAACAAAAUAUCUAUAUGAAUUUGAGGUAGUAGCACGUCAGAUUGGUAGACGAGACAGCAAAGCUAAAGUUACUAUCACAGUGGAAGAUAAGAACGAUCAAAGUCCUAAAUUUAUAAAGGAUGUUUAUGAGCAAACAAUCGAAGAAAAUUUGGAUCCUGGGAUCUUUGUAGCCAAGGUGUCAGCCAUAGAUCGUGACCAUGGAGAAAAUGCAAAAAUACAAUAUAAAAUACGAAAAGACGGUGACGGAAUUCACGGCCAUUUUGGUAUUGAUCCCGACACAGGGAAAAUUGUGACAACGACCAAGCUUGAUUAUGAAAAGAGGUCUAGCUACGAAAUCAUAGUAGAAGCUUCCAACAUCAUGAAAGAUGAUACGAAAAGUAAACUGACUGAUACCAUAAAGGUUAAAGUUAGGGUCAAAGACAGAAAUGACAAUAAGCCAGUGUUUAAGGAAACAAAAAUCACCAAACAUGUACAUUAUGAUGCAGCAAUUAACACACAAAUAGUGCAACUAGAGGCAAUCGACGCUGAUAGUGCUGCGUUUGGUAAAGUAUCAUAUAGAAUUAUCAAAGGGAAUGAAGAAAAUCGUUUUCAUAUCGAGCCCUUAACAGGACAGUUGAAGGUCGCAGACGCGUUGGCAGCCUACUCUGGUCGAUUUGAGUUGGUAAUUGAAGCUUAUGAUAAUCUUGGUAACAAGCCUUCAAAUAUAUGUAAUGGGUCCGCCGUUGUUCAAGUGGCCAUUGUAUUAGGAGAAAACAGUGUUGUACUUACCAUGCAAAAAAGAGUGGCAGAUGUUUUACCACACCAAGAAAAAAUCAUCAGUGCACUAAAGAAGAUCUUAGGGAUUGGUGUCGUUAAAGAUAACAUUGAGAUAGGAGAGCAAUCAGACAGUACUAACUUUAUUUUCCAUGGAUACAAUGAAAACACGGAAGCCGUCGUUAAAAAGGAACAAGUCAUAAAGACUUUGAAAACAACUACAAGUGAGGAGAUGGUUAAAUUUCGCAUGCAAUGGAACAUAACCAGAUUGUUUGAAUUAGCAAAAAUAACAAAGUUAGAAGACAACGCAAAGAAAGAAGAAGAGAAGAAUUCUGACAAAUGGCAUCCUAUCAUAUACGCUGUGUUGGGAUUUUCAGCAUUGAUUGCAAUUUUCGGAAUGAUUGGAAUCGUAUAUCUGAUAAAAUCAAAGCGAAGAAAUGAAUUUGACGGUGGUGCUUCGCAAGCCUCGUCCCGAAUUCCGAUAACAGCUCGAAAAUCAAGAAACUUUUGGAACGAUGAUGCAUUUGAAUCUGUAUCACAAGGCGUUCCUGAUUCUUAUGUGCACUCAUCCGGAUUUCUAGACAGAUCAUGUGAUCGAUAUGAAUUAGAUCCAAGCAAUAUGUAUGGCUCACAGGACCCAUACCGUUCCGAUCCGUUUAAUCAAGUUGACAGCUCGCCAUCUCAUAGUUCCACAGGAUCUCGUGCCUCAAGCAUCUUUGCUGCAUCCAGUGUAAUGACCGUGGUAACGGCGAUUAACAAUCGACAAGGAGCACAUAAUAAACGCUCACGUACACACACGCAACAGUCCAUGUUAUCUCCACGUGAGCGUAAACUCUCCGUUAUUCUUGAUGAUGAAGGUAAAACGAGGACUAUUUUGGACGAUGAUUCCCCCAUCCAAUCCCAAAGACCACCCAGUUACGAAUAUGAUUUAGAUGAAAAAUUGAUAGAUAACUAUGAAUACGAUGCUUAGCCAUAAACUAAUUGGAGACUGGAAGUGAUAUGCAAAAUGUUAUUGGUCAAGAAGCAAAGAGACGGUUAUGGUUCGAUGUUGUGAUAAAGCACAGCAUGUACUAUCAAAAUAAAACUAAAAGACAUUUCUCCGUCGAUUUUUUUCGUUAUUUUUUAAUAACUUGACGUUAUAAAGAUUCUGGAAAAAACAUUAGGUUGCGUGAUGGAAGAAGAUUGAUCAUAGAGUUUUGUUUAGAAAAUUAUAUUUAUUUUAAGCCAUACAGAUAGACAUGUAUAUAGAAAUGUAAAUAUAAAUGGCAGGUAUAAAGACAGGGCGAUAAAUUUUACUCGAGAGAGCUGGCAAGAAGCUAAACGAGUAAAAAGAUAUAAUAAAAUAGAUGCAAGUAUUUUUGACUUGUUAAUUCAAACACAUAAAUAUUCUUAAAGAAAUUCAUACGUUUGUACAUUUUUGGUAUUUAAAAUAUGAUUAGUUCUUUAAUCAUUUACGUUAUGUGAAAGUUUAAAGAUUUAGUUUUCAAA